ACUUUAAUUAAUCAUUUUAAUGGUAGAUGAUGACAAUUCCAAAAGAAAGCGGUUAAUGCGACCCCCUCUCUACAAAAGAGCUCAUUCGUCUAGCCCUGUUACUCCAAGACCACGCCAAAUGCAAAAGAAGUCAUAUGAACAUUUUGAAUAUGCGCAACAGACUGUGUCAGCACCUGAAAAUAUACAUAAUGCAAAACAAUUUCAGGACAAGUUUCAAGUUCCAGAAAAAGAUCUAGUAAUGCCUCAUUGUAUACUCACGAAAACGAUGAGGGCGUUAGCCACUAAAAAACGAGAAUUUAUUAAAAUGAAAAAGAACUUGAUUGUUCAACAAAAUUCCUUGCUAGAACAUUACGCGGCUCUUAAAGACCUAGAAUCAAGAGCAGGAAUAGUGGAUGACGAUUUGGGUGAUAUUCGUAUUCUAUCAGUAAAAGGCUGGGCAGCACACGACCUGCUGCUUCUAGUGAGAGACGACCUCGAAAUGCCAGUGAACUCGGAGAUAAGCGGCAUUUUCGGUCCGCAAGUCUUACAACAGCUGCAGGCGCAACUUAAUCCAAUUCCCGAGGAGGUCCUUGGUAUGGGAGCUGAAAUAAUGGCUCGUCGCAUUGAACUUUUAAGUCUCUUACGCUAUAAACACCGAAACGACCGCGGUACCUACCUUACUAACUUGGAAUGGAAGGCGAAAAACCUCGAAUUCGACAAUGAAACGGAACAGCUGCACCGAAUGGUAGCUGGGACCGCAGAAAAUUUAAAGGCCAAAAUAAACUAUUCCAUCGAUCUUGCCAAGAUACCGUGGAUAGAUAGAGAAUCUAUAGUAAAAAAAAUUGAACGUAUACAAAAAGAAAAUGCACUACUUCAACACAAAGUUGAUGAAAUGAAUAAGAAAGGAGCUGAUGAAAAUAAGGAAGUCGAAACCAAUGAUAAUAAUGGCUAUCAGAACGUGUGCAACGAAUUAGCCAAAGAACGAGCUGCGCGGGAGUCUUUGAAGGAAGUAGUGACCGCUGCGGAGAGCAUGCUGCGAGUGGCGCGAGCCAAAAUUGUGACACUGGAGAGACAACUCAAAGAGAUGAAAGUCGAGCUAGAAACGGCUCGUCGCAAACAUAAGGACUUGGAGCAACUUUACCGUCAUCGAGAGUCAAAUUACGAUGCACGUUCAAAGAAGUUACUAGAAGUUUCGAAGACUGGAGAAAUGACAAUCGAGGCUUUGUCGCGUCAACGUGAUGCACUAGAGUUGAGAGUAAAAGAGUUACGGGAGCAAGCAGAGACAGCAGAGCGUGAAGCGGAGAUGCGUGAGGCAGAAGAGAGGGCUCGCGCCGAGAUGCUGCAGGCGAAGGUAGCAGAACAGGAAAAGAACAAAAAAGCUGCUGAAGAAAGAGUUGUGGAGUUAGAAGCACGCAUUAAAGAUUUAGAAGACCAGUUGCAAGGUCUACGUGAACGUUCUUUACGAUUAGUCGAUAUGGAGCGCAGGCGUUGCCUCGAAUACGUGCCUAUAAAAGAGAGUGAACCAUCUGACCGAGAAACUGAAAUUUGGAAAGAGUUACAAGUUACCCGUGUUGCUCUGUCUCGCACCGAAGAAGAACUCCGCCAGAGUCGUGCUGAUAAAGACAGUUUUUUAAAGUCACUAUCAAAGAUUGCUCAAGAAGAAGGUGCCGACAAAGGGGACAAAUUAGCAACUGAGCUAGUAGUUAGAGAGCAAAAAAUAAUGAAGUUACAACAAGUCAUUGAAGAACAACGGGAAAAUGAAAAAAUAAUGGAGCAAGGUAUGACUGAAUACGAAAACCAACUAGCAUCAUUACGUUUAGAAGUUAUGAGGCUAAGAAAUUAUGAUUGUUAUGCCAAAGAAAUACCACAUCAGGAUUUACAGACCCAAUUAUUGGAGAUGCAUAUGCAAGUAGAGACUUUGACCCGGGAGCGAUCAGCUUUAGUAUCGGCAGCCGCGUCUCGCGCGCUCAUGUUGGAGCGCCACGAACGCGCCGCAGAUCUCUUUGCGCGUAUGACUCGCGUGCGACGGGAGCUUGCCGCACAUCUUGACGGAAAAACCGAACCUUCAUCUAUUGAUGACACUAUUCACCUUGAGUUUUCCAGAUCUCUAUCAUCAGUAUGCGCCUCUGCAGCAGACACGUGGUCCGCGCUCCGAGCGGAGCGAGCUCGUGUUAUUCGGUUGGAAAGUGCAGUGCUCGCGCAAAGUCUUCAACUAGAAAAAGAAGGCAGGGUGAGGACACAACUCGAGCGCCGCAGAGCUAUGCUGGAGAGGGAAAUACUUCGCACUCGACACGCUGUUUCAUCUGAAAAAGUUGGGCCAAAUUCAAAUUCGAGCUAUUAUUUGACUAGAUAAUGUUACACGAAUUGAUAAUAAAAAUAAAGAAAAACAAAAAUUGAAAA